GGGAGUGGCCGGGAGCACUUUGGCUCCGCCCCCUGGCGGCUGCCUCAGCGGCGGCGGCGGCGCAGGCUCAGAGCAGACCCCGCCCGGCGAGGAGGAGGGAGGGCCGCCAGUGUCGACAUGCUGCUGGAGGAGGUUCGCGCCGGCGACCGGCUGAGUGGGGCGGCGGCCCGGGGCGACCUGCAGGAGGUGCGCCGCCUUCUGCACCGCGAGCUGGUGCAUCCCGACGCCCUCAACCGCUUCGGCAAGACGGCGCUGCAGGUCAUGAUGUUUGGCAGCACCGCCAUCGCCCUGGAGCUGCUGAAGCAAGGUGCCAGCCCCAAUGUCCAGGACACCUCCGGUACCAGUCCAGUCCAUGACGCAGCCCGCACUGGAUUCCUGGACACCCUGAAGGUCCUAGUGGAGCACGGGGCUGAUGUCAACGCGCCUGAUGGCACCGGGGCACUUCCAAUCCAUCUGGCAGUUCAAGAGGGUCACACUGCUGUGGUCAGCUUUCUGGCAGCUGAAUCUGAUCUCCAUCGCAGGGAUGCCAGGGGUCUCACACCCUUGCAGCUGGCACUGCAGAGAGGGGCUCAGGACCUCGUGGACAUCCUGCAGAGGCACAUGGUGGCUCCGCUGUGAUCUGGGGUCACCCUCUUCAGCAAGAGAACCCCAUGGGGUUAUGUAUCAGAAGAGAGGGGAAGAAACACUUUCUCUUCUUGUUUCUCCUGCCCACUGCCGCAGUAGGGGAGGAGCACAGUUUGUGGCUAAUAGGUGUUGGUUUUGGGGUGUGUGAGUGUUUGGGGGACGUUUCUCAUUUGUUUUUCUCACUCCUUUUGGUGUGUUGGACAGAGAAGGGCUCCUGCAGGCCACAGCCACCUAAACGGUUCGGUUUCUUCUGCGCCCCAGGCUGCUGGGGCCUCAGACAAGACCCAAGGGCAGAGCAUUUAAGAGUGAAGUCAUCACCUCCAGUGAGCCUAGAACCUGGUGACCUUGGCCGGCUGUGCUCAGAGACCUGAAGUGUGCACGUUGCUUCAGGCAUGGGGGGUGGGGGGAGCGUCCCAAAUCAAUAAGAAGGUAGAAUGAGUUAUGAGUUAUUCAUAUUCUGUUGGAAGCUUGUUUUCCAGUCUCUUGUACAGCGUUUUAAAAGAAAUGGAUUCUAUUUAUUAUGCUUUAUUGGAAAAAAUGUUGUAAUAAUUUAAUGUUUUUACCCAUUAAAUUAAGACUUGUGCAUGAUCA